CGCUGCCACGGUUCGAUGGUCCCACGCGACGAACUCGCGCAAGAAACUGAUGGACGCAAUAUCUUCCGAGACGGUGAACUUCAUAGAGGCCGAUAUUCUCAUGGGUGGCACAAAAUCCGGACUCCACGACGUCCCCAUCAUGGCCCAUCCCCCGGACAACUCAUCGGACAUAUCUUUCGCAGAAUGGAUUGAGAUCGCCAGCGAAGCGGAGACGUCCAAGGGCUUGAAAUUGGAUUUCAAAGAUAUCGAAUCAGUGGAGCCAUGUCUCAGGAAACUGCAAGAAAUCAAGAAGAAUUCUGAUCGGGAAAUCUGGCUCAACGCCGACAUCCUCAUCGGCCCGGGUUCUCCAAAGAGACCCGCUGUGGAUCGAGCUCGAUUUUUAGCCUUGGCCGGAGCUUCUCCCCUCAAGCACACGCUUUCGAUCGGGUGGACGACCGGUGCCGCGUCCGCUGGAUAUUCUUGGAGAAAUGUCCUUGAGAUGCUCGCCGUCAUAGAGAAGAUCCCCGAAUCGACUGCGAUCACUUUCCCGGUGCGCUUGUCAAAACUCUCGUUUUAUCCACUGGCAGUACUGAUCGGCUCGGAGAAGAACUACUCGCUUACGGUUUGGAGCAGCCUGGAGGACUCACCGUCUUACCUUGAACUGAUCCGGCUAUAUAGAGCUUUUCCCGGGAGAGUCUUCCUUGAUCUACCGGUUUCCCAGCAAGCCGAGUUUGAACGCGAGCUCAUGAGCGUCGAAAAUGUCCCGUGCCCAAGAAUCGCUGCACCUCAAGCGGACACAAAGAUUCGAGUGUUUCCGUACACUAUUGUGUCCGAAGGCGCCGGGGAAAUCACAUUGAAGAGCGACCGGCCGUGUACCUUCCGAUGGGAUCGGAUCGACGAAAACGUCAGGGUCGAAGGACAUCAGGAAAACUCCGGACCCAAACCCCUGACCGAAUUCAGGCUUCGAGUGGAGGGAACAGGACGAAUAGCAUUUUACCCGACCCACUGAGAUGUCCGGUGAUUCACUACCGACCAUGACAUAAUUUAUUCCUACAGCGAUGAACCACACCGAAUUCCCGUCCCAGCGUCUAGAACACCGACCAUAUCGCCGUAAUCUUUGAAGCUACGGGCCAAUCAGGGCAUCUCAGAAUACUGGGAUAAAUGAAAGUCGGCGCUUUCGUGGAAAUAUGUCGGAGUAAGAAUGUGCGACCGGAAGAUCUAAGCCUAGCCCGCGCUUCUGAGGCAUCCACGAAGAUAUCUAAGGUCUUCCCCUUCGACGCGCGCUUCGAGCUCCCUGACGAAGACGUCUGACCCCAUGCCGUCAUCCAACCCAAAUGAAAAAUAGCUAUAAUAUAAAUUGAA